UCCCUCCUCCUCUUCUGUCUUUGCUCCAUUCCUGUGGAUUUGUCCAUGCAAGGUCUGGCCGGCUCCGACCUUUCAUCCAAGCUAGCCUGAAACCCUCACCAUGGCUAGCUUUUGGGAUAAUCUCAAAUUCUGCCUUCUCCUCCAAACCGUCUGCUUCUCCCUGGCUCAGUUUCAAGGUCCACCAGGGGAACCUGGGCCGAGAGGCCCCCCAGGUCCUCCAGGCAUUCCAGGAGCGGAUGGCAUUGAUGGUGAUAAAGGCCCGCCAGGAGCAGCAGGGAGCCCUGGGACCAAAGGAGAACCGGGUCUCCCAGGUUCAGAUGGCCCACCAGGGAAGCCUGGGAUUGAUGGUCUAACAGGGGCAAAAGGAGAACCAGGUCCUGCUGGGAGACCAGGCCCUAAAGGCCAGCCUGGACUUGUUGGGCCACCAGGACUCCCAGGGCCUUCCUUGCCAGGACCUCCUGGUACUGCAGGCCAAGUUGGACUUCCAGGAGAAAUUGGGGCUCUGGGACCCAAGGGCUUCCGUGGACCUGAUGGACCACGAGGUCCUCCAGGACCUCCUGGGAAGCCGGGCCCUGUUGGUCGCAUCCAAGGAGUUGAAGGCAGUGCAGAUUUCCUGUGCCCAACGAAUUGCCCACCUGGACCCAAAGGACCUCAGGGGUUACAGGGCUUAAAGGGACACAGAGGCCGCCCUGGAGUCCUGGGGGAACCUGGAAGACAAGGCCGGCCGGGCCCGAAGGGUGACAUCGGCCUCUCUGGAGAACAAGGCAUUCCUGGCCCUCCCGGUCCCCAAGGUCUGAGGGGAUAUCCAGGAAUGGAAGGGCCCAAAGGAGAAACGGGUCCCCGUGGCUAUAAAGGCAUGAUAGGAACCAUUGGCGCUGCAGGGCCUCCGGGCGAAGAAGGUCCCAGGGGACCACCUGGGCAGGCUGGCGAGAAGGGAGACCUUGGUGCCCGUGGUUUCAGGGGGCCUCAAGGAGAUAUUGGGCCCAAAGGAGCAAAUGGUCUUCCGGGCAUUGAUGGUAAAGAUGGUACCCCUGGCAUUCCAGGAGUAAAGGGGAAUGCAGGGCAACCAGGACUACCGGGUCCCCAAGGGCACCGUGGAUUAGCGGGCUUGCCAGGCACCCCUGGAACCAAAGGUGGCCCCGGAGACAAGGGUGAACCCGGAGGACGUGGGCUGCGAGGUUCAUCGGGGGCACCUGGGAAAAUGGGUGAACCUGGACCUUCUGGAGAAGUGGGACCUCAGGGGGUUGCUGGCGUGAAGGGAGAUCGGGGUGAGAGGGGCCCAGUGGGUCCUCCAGGACUGCAAGGGAGAGUGGGCCCGAAAGGGGAACAAGGACCGCCAGGAAUUCCAGGUCCGCAAGGUCUCCCAGGAGUUAAAGGUGACAAGGGCUUCCCAGGAAAAAUCGGAUCCAAAGGUGACAUUGGAGAUCCUGGAGUUGAAGGCCUUCCUGGAGAGAAAGGGGAGAAAGGUGAAUCAGGGGAGCCUGGACCGAAAGGACAGCCAGGUGUCCGUGGAGAACCUGGUUUCCCUGGACCGACUGGGGACGCAGGGGCGCCUGGUGUCAGAGGCUUCCCAGGGCCACCUGGCCCUCGAGGACUCGGUGGGGAGAGAGGCGUACCUGGCAUGCCUGGACCUCAAGGGGCUCCGGGGAGGGACACAGGAGACCAGCACAUUGUGGAUGUGGUCUUGAAAAUGUUGCAAGAGCAACUGGCUGAGUUAGCCGUGAGUGCCAAAAGAGCUGCCUUAGGUGGGGCAGGUGUGAUGGGACCACCUGGACCACCAGGACCACCUGGGCCUCCUGGUCAACAAGGGCCACAUGGACACACGGGCUCUCGUGGCAUCCCAGGGAUCAUCGGAGCUCCAGGACAGAUUGGCAAUACUGGACCCAAAGGAAAGAGGGGUGAGAAAGGAGAGCAGGGAGAACCAGGCCGUGGACAUCAAGGGAUGCCAGGGCCACCAGGUAUACCAGGUCUUCCUGGUCGUCCUGGCCAUGCCAUCAAUGGCAAGGAAGGAGAACGAGGUUUCCCAGGUAAUCCAGGAGAAGCUGGGCGGCCUGGUUUACCUGGGCCCUCUGGUCUUCCUGGGUUCUGCGAAGCGGCCGCCUGCCUAGGAGCUUCUGCCUAUGCUUCAGCUCGGAUGACCGAACCAGGUGCUGUCAAGGGACCAUCGUACUAAAUGUUGCCAGUGGAACAUUCUGGUGUAAACUGGACUUUUUCAAGUCAACGAAAGCUCCAUCGUUGGCAUUAAGGGACCAACACACCAGAGCUUGGGGGGCAAAGAGAUGGGGGACCACCUAACAAAACAACUCCUUUGGGAUGAGAAACCUCUACCUAUUACUUGGGCAUCAACCUAUCCCUUCAUACUUUGCUGGUGAGAAGGCAACACUUGACCACUGUGAGUAGCUUAUCUCCAGCUGAAUGAAAAGGCACCCAAAGGGAGUUACGGAGAGGGAAAACCCAUCAGUAAUUUGGAUAUUGGAAACUUCUCACUAUUGGACUCCAGUUCUUUUGAAAUGCCUCCUCCACACUUGGCAUGAAAAUAGGCAUGUUUUUCACCAGAGUAUGAUGUCGCCAAUCAUUUUGUAAUGGGGAGAAGGAAGGAGUAUUUUGUCUUUUAUCUUGGUUCCAAGUCGCAUUGUUAUUUUUAUUUUCAUGUUCCAGAGUCCCAUUCUUUUCUAUUAUGUCACCAGUUUAGGGUGUUUUAUGAAAUAGUACCAUGCUGAGAAGUUCUGUGAAUUAAAUCCCUUGAAAUAACUGCCAAUAUUCUACAUCAGCUGCUUAGUUAUGUAUAUUUAACUAAGUGAUAUCUUCUGGCCCAGCUCUCCCAGCCCAUCUCAAAAGCCACCAGUUGCAUCAAGUAAAGGAGGCCUGUUCAACUGCUGAUCGAGGUACAAGAACAAGUCCUACUUCUGAUUGUUGCAGCCUUGCUUUUGGGUGAGAGGUAACUGAAAAAAUUCUUUACCUUUUGUUCCUUGGCAAUUGAACAGCUCUUCUUCAUACAUGAGGCUACUGGUCAUUAAGGUAGGCUUGGGAGUGGCAUUUAUAUAGUCUUACAGUAAGACUAUAUAGAUUUACCAAAAAAGGAAUAGGUUAUGGAUCCAGAACUCUAGGUUAUGUCCCUCUUCUUCUUGGUUAAAAUUUCUCUUUGACUUCUUGGAUCUUGUGGAAGAGAUCUCUGGUUCUUCCUUUUAUGUUGUUGGCUUAUAUUUCUUUGCAUUGAUUGUUGCAAUAAUUCUCUUUAUUGUGCAGUACUUGUUGAACAGUUGCAGUCUUAGUUCUGAUUUUGUUCCUCUCUCUCUUUUUCUUUUACUUCUCAUCUUUCUUUUCUGCUUGAAGCAUUUCAUCUG